CUCGGGAAGUGGGGGAGCCGAAUCGCGCUGCGCGUGGGGGUCCGGGAGGGGUUUCGGCUGCGGGUGUCCGGGCGACCAAGAAGAGUUGGCGUGCAGGAACCCACGUCGCUGAGCUGUUUCCUCACUUCUCCACCGAGUCUGGGCGCCAAGCCCCCUGAGCGCUCGUCACGCUGGACCCUGGCGCGGAGCCCUGGCAUCACGACUCGGAGACGGAGACCCUCUCCUGGAGUCACUCAGGGGAGAUGGAUCCCUCUCAGUGUGUGGAGGAGCUGGAAGAUGAUGUGUUCCAGCUGGAGGAUGGGGAGCCGGGGACUCAGCCCCAAGGCUUGCUCUCUGCCGCCGACCUGCUUGCCCAGAGCCAGCUGGACUGCCCCCUGGGGCGGCUGCACCUCUUCCCUCUCACCCACUGCUGUGGCCCUGGGCUACGACCCACCAGCCAAGAAGACAAGGCCACCCAGACCCUGAGCCCCGCCUCCCCGAGCCAAGGUGUCAUGCUGCCUUGUGGGGUGACAGAGGAACCCCAGCGCCUCUUUUAUGGCAGUGCUGGCUACCGGCUCCCUCUUCCUGUCGGUGUCGCUGCAGGCUUCCCGCUCGGAGAGCAGCCCCCUGAAGGCCAGUGGCAACACCGAGCAGAGAUCCAGAUCGCCCGGAAGCUCCAGUGCAUUGCUGACCAGUUCCACCGGCUUCAUUUGCAGCAACACCAGCAGAACCGAAACCGCGCGUGGUGGCAGAUCCUCCUCUUCCUGCACAACCUGGCACUGAACGGUGAUGAGAACAGGAACGGGGCAGGUCCGAGGUGAGACCUGCCCACCCAUUGCACAUGGGACAUUGAGAACACCUUGAGAACGCCGUCUGGACCGUCGUCGCAAACACUCACUCUGUGACUUGUGAAGUUGCUUUUGAUGGCUUGUCUUGUUUUUGUUUUAGCAUUUCUCUGUGUGUACAUACAACAUUCUGCCGGUGGGACCUUCUUGCCUUGCUCAGGAGCGGGGCUUUUAUCAAACACUGCUGAAGGACAGGUUGCACUGUUUGGGAUGCUGUGCGACGUCUGGGAAAUUUCUCCACUGGUGCUUGGUUGAAAUGGGAGUCUGGGCUCAGGCUCCCAGUGCCACCUAACUAACCUGCCAGUCCUCCACUGGGGAUGGGGCCGUCAUUGUGACAGUCACAGGGCUGGGCCAGGGGCGGGGGGCAACCUGACAGCCAAUGCAGGGCAGCUUUACUAGGCUGGCCAGCCGACUAUAGAUUUCCCCCACUGUUCAGUCAGUGCCAGCCCCAAGGGCUCAGGGAUCCUUGCCUGGCCCCCUGUUCCCUCCAGCAGACCUCAGGGAGGGUUGGGUUCCUGCAGGGACCCCUUAACUGUGCCACAUCAGGAACCCAACUUCGGGAGGACUCUCCCCUCUCUCUCCCCAUCCCCACUAAAUCCAUGUAGAGGCUCCAGGAUUGGUACCAGGGUGCAGGACCGCAGCCACCUGUGGCUGCUUGGAACAGAUGAGUGUUCACCUUGAAUGAGCUGAGUCACCAAUCACCAUGCUGUAGCUAACAGCUUGUGCCUUUGUCAGCUCUUUUUCAAUAGACCCAGCCCAAGACUGUAGUCUACCCUGCCAUGAGCACUGCGGGCACCCAGGGGCCACCCCGCAGUGGGGCUGGCCAGUUUGGCGGUCAUCUUGCCAAAAAGCCAGCUCACUCGAGAGGACCUAGGGCCCCUUGGUUUCCUUGGAAACAACAUACCUCCUCCCCCUUCUCCCCAUUCCCUUUUCACACCUAGUGGGAUAUAGAAAGAAGCCAGGCCAGUGGCUUUGUCAGAUGAAAAGCCACUUUCAGAGUGAUGGACAAUGAUUAGAGUGCAGUGUGGAACCGUCAAAGCGGAGAGACAGUUCCGGAAGGGCACACUGUGGAACUCAGCAGGUGCCUGACUGCCUCUGAACUUCUCCCCUUCUUUCCCUGCCGUGGCGCUAAUGGAGAGAUCUGACAGCGGCCCCAGGGAAUCUGCUAACCAGUCACCUAGAAAUGAAACCGUAGCUUCUGCCUAUGUAAGAAAAGACAACAUUGGUGCUAAAGCAGAAGCCAGGCCCAAAGAAAGGAUGUCUUCCCUGGCAGAGAACCCAAGGCUACUCGAAGAAAACAGAAGGAGAAUCUCACAUGAGCCAGCUCAGGCCGCAGGAGGUCUGCAGCACUGUGGAAGAACCAUCCGUCUUCUGGAAGUACAGUUGGACGGGUAGUUCACUGUGCAAGAGCCACUGCAGAGCAACCAAAGGAGGCUGAAGUCCUGCUGGGGGGCCACGUGCCUUUCCUGACUAGCACAGAGGUGGGGAGGGCCGUGGGGGGUGGGGCAUGUGAUCACGGUGCUCCCCACUCCCCAGCUUCAGCCAGGAUCUCCAACGGUGCCGUGCAAGCCUUUGCUUUGUCCUCCCAGAUGUUUGGGAGAUAUUACCUCUUCUUGGUCAGAAUUUUAUUCUCAGGGUGUGUAACAUGGCUUGUCUGGUGAGAAAGACAGCUUCUUGCUUGCAAAGCAAUGGAAGCCAGUGAGUGGGCAUGUGGACUGCUGUUAGAAAGUCAGUUUUCCCGGUGUGUCACCAUGCCGUGUCAUAGAGCAUGUGGGACCCACAUCGUUGCCCCUGUCCUGGAUGGAGGUUGUGUGUACAUGAGUGGCACACACACAAACCAAAGUUGUUCCUCCUGGCCACCUGUAAUGCCUCCU